AUGGCAGAAUUCGCUGAGAAAAACAGACAAGUCUUCGACAAGAAGGCUGCCUCUUACAUGAACGAUUUUUCUGGUGUCAUCCAGUCCAUCUGCAACCAGGUUGAGAACCGCCGGCUUUGGAUCAGUGACAAAUGGACAGAUACCCAUGCUGGAAAGGGACAAGAAUUUCGGUUGCUCGAAUAUGCUUGUGGACCAGGUGCCAUAUCUGUGACACUGGCUCCAUUUGUGACAAAGGUCCUUGGAUUAGAUGUCUCCGAUAAUAUGGUUGCGGAAUUCAACAAGAACGCAGAGGCGGCUGGUCUUUCAGACAAAAUGAGUGCGCAGAGAGGCGACCUCCUGGCGGACAACGCGUCAACUGAACUGUCUGCUCCGGAAUUUUUCAACUUUGAUGCUCUUGUUGUCAGCAUGGCCCUCCACCACUUCGAUGACGCUGGCAAAGCCCUAAAGAGCCUUGCAGAGCGAUUGCAGUCGGGUGGCACUUGCGUAAUUGUUGAUCUCGUGCCUGACCAUUCACACGAUUUCCGGGAGCAAGUCCGCGAACAUUUCAGCCGGGAGACUGCCGAGACCGUCAAGACGCACGGAUUCACACUGGAGCAAAUGAGGGACUUGUUUGCAGGCGCUGGCUUGACGAACUUUGGCUACCAUGUCUUUGAGGAACCAGUGGUAUUCCGCAAAAAUGGGAAAGAGAUCUCAAAGACUCUUUUCUUGGCUAGAGCACAACGCUCAUAG